AUGUUGAUUUGUGUAGAAAUUAUUCGGGUUGGUAACAUGAAGAAGAUUCAUCAGAUUGAGCUCAUUCCCCAUGGCCAGAUGGUUGCGGUGAUCUCUGGGAGAAGUCACCACGUGCGGCUGUUUCCCAUGUCAGCUUUGGAUGGACGGAAGACUGACACUCACAAGCUAGCAGAAACAAAAGGGUGUCAGACAAUGACUUCCGGAACAGUGUGCCAAGGGGCCCACACAUGCCUCUGUGUAGCAAGGAAAAGCCAAGUCUUUUGUUAUGAGCUGUUUCAGAGCAAGAAAAUUUCUCACAGAAAAUUUAAAGAGCUCCAGAUCCCAACCAGUGUCCAGUGGAUGGCCAUCUUCAAUGAGCAGCUUUGUGUAGGAUUCCAGUCGGGGUUCCUGAGAUGCCCUUUGAGGAAAGAAGGAGUCCCAUACAGGAUGCUCCACUCACAGGACCCGACACUAUCGUUUAUUGCACACGAGCCCAUGGACGCUCUCUGUGCCGUCGAGAUCUCCAGUAUUGAGUAUCUGCUAUGUUUUAAGAGCAUUGGCAUUUACACUGACAGCAGGGGCCUCCGAUCUAGGCCAGUUGAGCUGAUGUGGCCAGCAGCUCCAACUUACUGCCGACUUUUUGGAUCUGAAGACUGA